CCACUGGCUCGACCAGUCCUCGUCUGGAAGAGGAGGCGACAGCAGCGGCUCUGUCUCAAUACACUUCAGUUUCAGUUCAACCGCCGUGCCGUGUCGUGCCGUGACGUGCUGUGAGGCCACGUCAGAGCACACUGUGGACUCCGGAGGAACUGCCGGUGAACCGGGAGAGACAUGGAAGACGCGGGCGGUGCAAGUGUGUACGGGGCUUCGCUCGCCGGAGGAGGCUUCGACUUGAACAAGUUUGUCCGACAGCCGCAGACCAUAGUGCGGCUGCUGAGCUGGGUGAGUGCCGCUGGAGGAGCGAGUGUGUUCAUGUGUUCAUGUGUUCCGCGGUGCGAGGGGAGGAAGGGGACAUUCAACGUGGCCUGGGAACAGGUAUUUGCCAUGGUGGUGUUUGCCUGCAUCACAACAGAGGGAUACAUCAACACUCCCCAAAGUGCCGAGGCAAAGUGCAUCUUCAACCAGAAUAACUCGGCGUGUCAUUAUGCUGUUACCAUUGGGGUGAUAGCCUUCCUGGCCUGCGUGGCCUUCCUGGUGUUAGAUGUUUACUUGCCUUUCAUGAGCAAUGCACAGGAGAGGAAGUACGCUGUCAUGGCCGACCUGGGAUUCUCAGGGGCGUGGGCCUUCCUGUGGUUCGUUUGUUUCUGCCUGCUGGCCAAUCAGUGGGGUCGCACUCAGGAUGUCCGUGCUAUCCCCCAAGAUGCCGCACACGCCACCAUCGCAUUCUCAUUCUUCUCCAUCGCCACCUGGGGAAUCCUAGCCUACUACGGGCUGGUUCGUUUCCGCCGUGGUACCACUGAAGUUACGCUCCCGACCCACGCAGUGCCACCAUCAGAUCACCACACCUCUUACCCUCCAACUUACCCCCCCACCACCUACAACCCCACCACCUACACCCCUACCAGUUACGCAGCCUAUCCCAGCAGCAUGCCCGACAUGCCUCAGCCGCCUCCCUUCUCCUCGAAACCCCAGCCGCAAGGAGACGUGGGCUACCUGCCACCCAACUACUGAGGCAGAGGGAUCUGACGCGGGCGAGGUGGUGUCCUCACUCAUCUGUGGAUAGUGUGAUUGGAGUUGCACUGCACAGGCACGGAGCUGUAUCAUAUUGAUGUGGUUUUACGUUUGAUUUAUAAAAUAUUUUGUUCUCAGACGUGAGAACCUGAGCAGUGCAACUGCGAGUCACAGAUGUGGGACACUUCAAACGGUCCGCGGUCAGAUCUUGAUACGUCAGGCCGGAGUGUCGAGAUUAGUGCUGACGAUGAUUAAGCAAUCUGACUUUAGACCUCUGUGCAAAGAUGCAACUCUUACCUCAAAUGGGUCGAUCCUGAAGGGGAGAGGGAUGAUGGAAUGUACCCAGGAGGUCAAAGGUCACAUCUUGUGACGUUAUAAAGCUCCAGUCAGAGUGGAAGAAUAAAAGCACGUUAUGUGUUUACACUUUACUCUCCGUUGGAACCUGAGAAUGUGCAUUUGUACAUAAUUGUCGCUAUGCAAAGCUGGCGUUUUUAUGGUUGUAUGUGCUAUUUACUUUCUUAUUUAGUUUAGUGGAUUUAUUUCCCCCUCAGUGCAGUUACAGUAUUUUGAUGCCCUGUAAAUAGUUUAGGAUGUAAAAUGAAAUAGUACAGUGGCAAACAACCUCUAUAAAGCCAAAUGUCCUGUGCUUGUGGGCUAGGGUUGGAUUUUACAGUUUGCUAUAUCACCAUAGAACACCUUUUGAAACAAAGUUUUAGGGGUUAAAUAAUCUUUGUACUGAUUGAAAAACAAUCUUCAGGUUGAUGAUGACAUGAAAACAACCCCCCCAUUAACUGAGCUGUGACGAUGGCUUUAAUGGCCUUAAUGUGUUAAAUUUGCCAAACUGCCGAGUCAUUGGUGGGACGUGCGUAGUCAGUGUUGCUUUUUAAACCUGCAGCUAAAGUUCAGAUAGCGAGGAGGGAGGGGAAUGUAGAUAACCAUGCACUUAUUGAACAAGUCUAUCCACUGAGCAUGUCCUAUUUCUGAAGUCAUUCAUUAACCACUAUUAACAAUGCUUCUUCUUCUGUGUAGGAGUAGUUUGACCUCACACCUGAUCCAAGGUCUCAGUGACAUGACAUGUCCUGUUUACACACGUAGUCCGAGCUGUUGGAGGCAGACUGCAGCGUGUGUGUCUUUAAAGAUGACAGAGUAACACUUUAGCCUGCGACAGUGAGAAUCGAACAGCUGUCCUUGUUUCCUUUUUGCCACUCAGUGGUGUUUGUCAGUUUAACACCUCAACCGCCUACCGGCAGUCGCAGCUCAGUUGCAGUGACAGUCAUUGGCCUGAGAUCAGUUUAUUUUAUUGUUCCAUGGAGGUGUAGGCUGACAUCACAAAUGACACCAUUAUCUGAAGCUAUACUACAAAUUGAAUGUGAUUAUAUUCAUCAAACUUGACUGUCAUUUGCAAUGAUUAAAAAACGGAUUAUAUGUUUUUACCCACGUGCAGUGCAUGAACUACUGAACCCACAAUAUGAGAUUAACACUGCUGAUGAUUUGUCUUUUGUAUCUGAAGGAGAAAAAACUAAACUCGUGUUUUUUUGGGGAAAUUAAAGUGAAUGACAGUAAACUGUCCCAUGAAUACUGACACAGUUUCAGUUAAACAGUUGUGGGUCCGACUGCACUAGAGGGAUUUUCUUUAGCUCUGUUUCAUGCUCUGGAAAAUCAAGAUAAAACUAUUGUGUGAAAACUUCAGAGUAUUAACAACUGCUCAUCUUGAAUAACUCAACUGAUCAUGAAUUUCAUAAAAUUGUUCCUUUGGACUUUGUCUCCAGCAGCUUCCUGCACACUUUUGUAAAGUUAAUGAGGAUGUUGACUCAUGCACACACAUUAAAUUUACAAUGAGCUUGCCAACUUGACUUUGUUGAUUUUUUUGGUUGGUUUUGUUAUAUUGUUAGUGCCCUGUUUUAGAUGUGAGAAGACGGGAACUUUUCUUGUUAUUCACAUCCCAGCUAGAUUUGAUACCUCCUCCAAAGAGAGGCCAUUUGUUUGCUGCUGUCAUGAUAACGUAAAAACUAUAGUAUUUUUCCAUGACGUUUUGUGGAGGGGAGAAGCAUGACCCAAGAAAAACCUUACAUUUGAGAGAAUCAGGAUAUUCAGGCAGAUCCAGGAAUUCUGUAUCCCUCUCUCCAAUAUGGCAGAAUACAGUGUUUAACCAUGGUGCAGCUAUGUACUCUCAAAGUGCCCUUCUGGUUUUUACUAGCAUUUUUUCCCUAAUCACUGAAGUUGUGAUGUUGCCAUUUGCUUUCAUCUGUUGGUGUAAGGAGCAUGACUUUUUCAAAUCAUUGUUUAUAGAAUAAAAUCACUCACAGGA